AUGUCGGGCUACACGCAGUUCGGCCCGCUCGGGCCGGUCGGCUGGGCGGAAUCCGGCGACUGGAUGGCCAUGUUCUCGUUCCUGCUCGCCAUGCUCCCGUACUGGAUCUGCGGCGCCGUCAUGGGGAUGAUGCUCCCGCGGCCCAGGCGCGCGAGCAUGAACGGGGUGCUGCGGCUGCUGCCACAGUCGGGCCUGGUGCGCCGCUUGGCACUCGUGGUGCACGCGCUGGUGAUUGUGCGCGAAGUGUGGUGCUACUUCACCUCCCCGGGCACCUUCCGCGCCUACUGCCGCGCCCUGUACAACGGACUCACCGGACGCGGCUGGUCCUGGCCCAAGGUGCCGGCUUUCGGCAGCGUGAAGAAGGACCUGUCGGCCAUCGCGACGCAGCCCUCGAAGGGCCCCGAGCGCCGCGCGGUGGACCUGAGCCUCGUGGGCCGCGAGCCGCUCGCGAUGUACCAGCCCCCCGACGCGCACGUGCUGGCGCAGGGCGGGUGGUACAUCGACGACGCGGACCUCGCGUUCUUCAAGUACCGCGCGGAGACUGACGGCGAGGUGCCGGGCGCAGGCGACUGGGAGGGGAUGAUGGACAAGGAGCUCGGCGACUACCUCACGUACCGCGCGGUCCGGCGGCGCCUGCCGUCCGGGAAGACGGAGUACCGGUCGGUGACGGUGGUGCGCGACGCCACGGCCGAGGAGAUGACCGACUUCUACCUGGACGACCCCGCGCGCGUGCAGUGGGACUCGCUCCUCUCGCACGCCGAGGUCCUCGAGCAGGGCGACAUGGCCGACCGCCGCCAGGUCGUCAAGUGGGUCCGCACCUUCCCCUUCUCCUUCAUCAAGCAGCGCGAGUACUGCAUCGCGCGCCGCGUGUGGAAGGGGCCCGCGGGCACGACCUACACCAUCUCCAAGUCGAUGGACCACCCGCGCGCCCCGGAGUCCCCCGCGAUCGUCCGCUGCGAGACCCUGUACUCGAUGUGGCGCUGCCGCACGAUCCCGUGCCCGUGGGGCUCGCCGGAGCCCGCGUGCGAGGUCGUGCUGCUCCACCACGAGGACUUCAAGAUCCCCGAGCGCCUCGCGCGGUUCGCGGUCAGCCACGGCAUGUGGGGGUUCGUCCAGAAGCUCGCCGCGCACUUGGGGGGCUGGCGGGAAGACCGGCGGACGCGCGUGCCGCCGGCGGAGCCCGUGGACCCCGGAGCGUUCGGCGCAGCGUUCCGGAAGAACCCGCUGACCGCGGAGGAGCUCGGGCUGGUCGGGGGCGACCCGGCGCUGGACGCGGCGAGCGACGGCAGCAGCGUGGUGAGCGCGGGGCGCCCGCGCGCGCAGGGGCGGCACGCCGGGCUGCGGCGGCUCGGGGGGCUGCUCGCGGUCGGGGGCGCGGCGGCGGUGAUGGCGCCGGCGUCCAUCGCGGGGAUCUCGGCGCUCGGGGCGGUGGCGAUUGCUGCCCGCGCCACCCGGGACCCGCAGGCGGUGGGGAGCAAGCCGAGGCGGCGGCGGUUCCGGCUCCACGCGCAGCCGCACGCGGCCGUCGCUGGCGCGGAGGUGACGGGGAACGGGCCGCUGGACAGCGUCGCGACGUUCGAGGCCAGCAGCGACGCGAGCAGCGUGCGCAACCACUGA